GCAUGCGCGCCGCCCCGCUUUGUGUUUCCAGCCAAAAUGGCGUUAAGUAAAACAUUUGGACAAAAACCGGUGAAAUUUCAGCUAGAAGAUGAUGGGGAUUUUUAUAUGAUUGGCUCGGAGGUAGGAAAUUAUUUGCGCAUGUUCAGGGGCUCUCUGUAUAAGAGGUACCCAUCGCUCUGGAGAAGAUUAGCGUCGGUGGAAGAGCGGAAGAAAAUAGUAGCUUCGUCACACGAUCAUGGUUACACAACUUUAGCCACCAGUGUGACUCUGCUGAAGGCAUCUGAAGUUGAGGAGAUCUUGGAAGGGAACGAUGAGAAGUACAAAGCCGUUUCCAUCAGCACAGAGCCCCCUGCGUACCUCAGGGAGCAGAAAGCGAAGCGGAACAGCCAGUGGGUCCCCACCCUGCCGAACAGCUCGCACCACCUUGAUGCUGUGCCCUGCUCCACCACCAUCAAUCGUAACCGCAUGGGCCGCGACAAGAAGAGGACCUUCCCACUGUGCUUUGAUGACCAUGACCCAGCCGUGAUUCAUGAGAAUGCCAUGCAGCCCGAGGUUCUAGUCCCGAUCCGGCUCGACAUGGAGAUCGAUGGACAGAAACUUAGGGAUGCGUUUACCUGGAACAUGAAUGAGAAGCUCAUAACUCCAGAGAUGUUCGCUGAGAUUCUCUGCGAUGACCUAGACCUGAAUCCCCUGACUUUCGUCCCCGCUAUUGCCUCGGCCAUCCGGCAGCAGAUCGAGUCAUACCCCACGGACAGCAUCUUGGACGAACAGACGGACCAGCGGGUUAUCAUCAAGCUGAACAUCCAUGUGGGGAACAUCUCCCUGGUGGACCAGUUCGAAUGGGACAUGUCGGAGAAGGAGAACUCGCCAGAGACGUUCGCCCUGAAGCUGUGCUCGGAGCUGGGCUUGGGGGGCGAAUUUGUCACCACCAUCGCCUACAGCAUCCGCGGCCAGCUCAGCUGGCACCAGAGGACGUACGCCUUCAGGUCUGAUUUCAGUGAGAAUCCCCUGCCUACUGUGGAGAUUGCCAUCCGGAACACGGGCGAUGCUGAUCAGUGGUGCCCCCUGCUAGAGACCCUGACUGAUGCGGAGAUGGAGAAAAAGAUAAGGGACCAGGACAGGAACACCAGGCGCAUGCGGCGACUCGCCAACACGGCCCCAGCAUGGUGAGUCAGCAGCCACCGGGUCUCCUGUCACUCGGACCCCUCACCAUGACAUCGGAGUGAGAGAGAGACUGUGGGGAAUCCCUCAUGAGUAGACCAGCGCCUCGGUGGGCGACAUUCCUCCAGGCGGUCAGGGGGACCCCUUCCCUUUCCUACACAGCAUCACCCUGCACAGGCCUGCCGUCUUCCUAAACGCCCUCUCCGUUUGGACACUCGCCCUCCAGCCAUGCUGGGGUCCAGACUCAUACCCAGACCACACUGAUCCCGAAUGGCAUUCCGCUCAGCCGCAGAACCUGCCGUUUCCGAUGUAGAGCCAGAAACUUCAUGUGGAAAAUAUUACGUCUAUAGCGUUUCUCUUUUUAAUGGUGUUUGUUAUAGGUGCUAUGAUUGCUUUUUUUUGUAAAGAACAAAAUAAAGUCCUACAUCAACCAGA